UACAGUUAGAAACGAUGAAUCGCCAUCAGCUGGCACUUCUCCUGGUUGUCGCGGGUCUGGCCAUGAUUGCGGCCAGGCCAGGUCCACAGAAUCCGCUAGAGUCGCUGGGCAUGGGCGCCAUGUCUCUGGCCGGAAAUAUAGCGGAGGCAGUUCAGAGUGGCGCCGCCAUCUCCCGCGACGUCGACAUUGACAAUCCCCUGAUGUCCGUGCACUCGAAAACGGCCGUUGGCUAUGGAGAUGCCAUACGUCCCAUUGCCACCGAUUCAUCCGAGGAGGAUCGUCGUCGGAAGCGAAGGCGGCGGAGCCUGCAUCGCCUCAAACGCGCUCCUUGCUUCUGGAAAAUGAGCGCUGCCGCCACCACAGCGGCGUCCGCCGACGAUGACGUGGAGGCCAGACGGAGACGAGCUCAAAAGCGGGCCGCCAACAAUGCCUCCCGAUCCCGAGUGAGUCCCAAGACCACUGGCAAAAAGAACAAGAAGUUGGUGCGACGACGACGGCAGGAGGAGAAGGGCAUGGAAGUGACACAGAAUAUGGACGGAGCGGAUCCCUUGGGCCUGGGCACCAGAAUCAAGGCCAUGUGGCUUUCGUUUGUGAACAACGUAGCGGAUGUGGUGCAGCAGGUGCGCCAGAAGAUCACCGAAACGGCCAACUCCACGGCGUAGAAUCACCGAGCUCCCUGACGACCACCAUCGAGUGUAUUUUUUUUGUUUGUUUAUAAGUGCAAUAAAAUCAACUGAAAACCGG